AUGACGUCUACUAGUGAGUUUUAUUAUUACCUUCUGAGGGUAUCCAUGCUGCAAUUGUUGAAAGUACAAGGGUUUGAUAGGUCGAAGCCAAGUACAGUGAAUGCUAUCACUGAUUUAUAUGUUAAGUUCUUGGAAUUACUUUUAGGUGAAAUAACUAAAUUAUCAAGGUCGAGGCAAGAUUUUGAUGACAGUAUUGCGUUGCAAGAUAUUACUCAAGCCUUCCAAAAUUUAGGUAUUAUUAAACCAGUGGAUAUAUUAGAUAUAUAUGAUGAAAAUCCAGAACUUGCAAGCGAUAAAGGUUUACAGAAUUUUAAAAAAUGGUGGAUGGAUAGUGAUAUGAGGCAACAAGAAUGUUUAGUAUCAUUACCAACCACAGAUCUUCUAAACAUGGAAGACAUGACACUUAAUGACAAUAAUGCUAGCACUAAUAUCAAUGGUAGUAGGAAUGGCAAUGAUAAUAAUGGAGAAGGAAAAACUUCAAGUCAGCAAGCAUCUUUAGUCCCUGAUUAUUUGAAGCAGUUACAAAAUAAAGAUCCUAAUAAGAAUGAUGAUAAUGAGAAUGAAGACGAGCUGCUAGAGGAUAUGGUAAAUAAUGGAGAUUUUGACAAUUGGAUUAAAUUCGUUAUAGUCAAACAGAGAUUAAGUUUAUCUAAAAAGUUAUCAAAGGAGAAAGCUAGGAGUGUAGAUAAAUUACCGGGAAUAGCUGGAUUAAAGAAUUCGGUAUUAGAUCUUCAACUAAAUAAUUCAUCUAGCAAUGAAGCUUCUAUGCAAGUUUUGCAAUCAGACUUAUUACCAAGUACACAGGAUAUUGAAAAAUUGGAAAAUGCUCCUAUCUAUUUACAAAAGGGAUUUGAACUGCUGAAGAAAUUGCCUAUUAUGAAACAGGAAACUAACCUAAGUAACAUCACUUUAUCUUAUGAAAAUAAUGAAAUGGAAGAAGAUGACGAUGUUGAGUUGCUUGAUGCCGGUGAGUCGAAAGAAGAGUUGGAUAAGACAGCUAAUGAUUAUGACCAAAUAAAUAAAUUUGAACAAGAUGAACAAUACGAAAAUAUGCAAUUUGAUCAUAAGCCUGAACCUUCGCCCGGAAGUUUUGCAAUGGGAUCUCAUUUCAAUUCUAGAUAUAAAGAAAUGGAUGAUAUAGAUAACGAGUUUCAAAGAGAAUCGAUUGAUUUCAAUCCUGAAAGUUUUGAACGAUUUUAA